UUACCGCCCUCCGAAUCAACGCCCAAUGAGAGCGACGAACACGAACCUCGGAGUCAUGUGAUUGGCUGCUGCUGGUGUCAGCAGGACUGCCUCCACUGAAUAGUCCCGCCUCAUACAGGAUCUGGGAAGCUUAGCUGCUGCAGCUCUUUAAGGGGAGUGCAUGUUAUCGGACUACAGGGCAUCAUGGGUAACAGUGAUAGUGUGAUGGUGCAGAAGCGAAUGGCCCGUUUUCGGCCCGAGGAGCGGACCACCAUAGAUGGGGUCUUUGACAGACUGCUGGGUGGUUCUAGAGCGGAGAAGACUCUUCAGCUGGAGACGCUGCAGACCUCCAUGGGUGACCUGGCUUCAGACACCAUGGUGAAGAGGAUCUACCGAUGCAUGUGCAGCAUCGACCCAGGACAGGCGGCACCGUCGGCUUCAGCAAAGGAAGGCACCGCAGGGGUUGACCGGGAGCAGCUGAUCGUCUUCCUGGCGGACACCCUCCGAGGGACUGCAGAGGAACGGGCCCCGCUCGUCUUGGUCAUGUCCCACAAUGCAGAGGGGGUUCCAGAUGUUGUCACCUGUGAACAGGUGGCAGCGUUCUUGGAGGACCUGAUUUCUGCUAUAGUUCAGAUUCUGACCAAAAGGGGGCGCCUGCAGGGCUGGAAGCCAGAGCAGAUGGGUGACACCCAGCUGGGGAUCAAACUGCUGGCAGAGCAGAUGUGCUCUGAGCUCAAAGCUUCAGAUCAGGGAACUUGUGAUGUUUCCUGUCUGGAGGACUGGAUCUUCAGGGUCUCCCAGGUUUCCCUAUACUUGGAGAUCCUGGUUGCAGAGGGCCUGAAUGUGUCUCUGGGUUCUUGGACGGCCCCAACUUUACUGCCUCUAUGCAAGGAGACGCACUGGAAGGACCUGAAGUGCCUGCUGGACAUCCCCACCCUCAUGUUUCUUGCUCCACAGUUACCGGACAGCUACAGCACCCCCUGGAGGCUGGUGUUUUCCACACACCUGCAUGGGGAGAGCUUCACCAAGAUGGUGUCGGGUCUGACACACCACGGCCCCACCGUGCUGCUCAUCAAAGACACCAAGGGCCAUGUUUUUGGGGGCUUUGCAUCGCAAGCCUGGGAGAUGAAGCCUCAGUUCCAGGGGGACUCCAGAUGCUUCCUGUUCUCUGUGUUCCCCACGCUGAGAGUCUACACGGCAACAGGAUACAACGAACACUUCAUGUACCUCAACCAGCACCAGCAGACAAUGCCCAACGGACUGGGAAUGGGAGGUCAACACGACUACUUUGGUUUGUGGCUGGACUGCGACUUUGGGCAGGGUCACAGCCGAGCGCGACCCAAAUGUACCACCUAUGGCAGCCCCCAGCUGUCUGGAGAGGAGGACUUCACCCUGGACUCUGUGGAGGUGUGGGCUGUGGGGAAACCCCCCCAGCCACCUGAGGGGGAGGAAGAGGAUAGUAAGAAGAGCAUCCUGAACGUGGAUCCAGAAGUUCAGGCCAUGAUGGAGCUGACAGGGAAAACUCUGCACAGCGAGGGGUUCAAUGAGCUGGAGGAAGACUUCGAUUAGCCACAGGGAGCCAUCUUCCUCCCUGAAGUAAUCAGUAGAUGGAAGUAUUUCCCGCCUCGGGGGAUCCUUCCGGCUUUUUAAGCCACAAACUGUCAUCUUGUUUAAAAGGGAACAACCAUGCAGGUUUCCAGGCUGAUUUCUCAGUAGUUGCAGGUCAGAGCUCUCAUUAAACUAUGAGCUUAUACCAGCUAGCAACUUCUCCAUCUCUGGGUGUGAAUUCACACUUGGACCGGCUGCUUCUCAACAGAAUCAAACCUCUUCAUUUUCACUGAUAGAAAAAUAUGUAACAGAAAGUAUCUCCCUGCAUGUGAAGCCCUUUGGGGAAUUUUUUAAAGAAUAAAUUCAUGUUUAAUUGUUGUUGAUUAAUGAAAAUCUGAACAAAGUAAUUUUUUUAGUGGUUUAAUCUUUGAUAAGUUUAACAGAGAUGAUUCCUUCCUGAUGGUCCAACUGCUGCUCUCUUUCUGCAGAUUGCAGCCAAACCUGAGCCGACCAGUUUUCUUCCUAUCGGGUCUUUGUGCUCUGGUCUGAUCCGACUGAGCGUGUCCUGAUGGUUGCUACAGAUCAGAGACACGCUCUCGCUCUGGUUAUUCUAUUGCUCUGAAGAUGAUGAUGGUAGAGGAGCUGAAGCAGCAUCUCUUUAAUGUUUGCAUCCAUUCUGAAAUCCUCCUGCUCUCCUCUUCGAGUAGUUAAGGUAGACAUCAAAUCAGAGCAGCUUUGUGAGAUUCAAAAUGAAACCAUCGGGAAAGUGUAAUUAAUCUUAAGCUGAUUAUUAAUCUCUAAUUUCUGUGUUCCAUCCCUGCUGUUAGCUGAUUAACCAGAAUUAUUCUUUCUGUGUUUUAGGGUUUUAUCUGGUUUGGAUGUUUGUUAAACAAAAAAAAAAAAAAACUUUGGGAAUCACCUUUUUUUCCCCCUCUGAGGUCCGUUUUAAUGGACCUGAUGACUGUUGAUGACGAGCACACGCUGCAUGUGGUGUCAGUGAAACUUGAAAAAUGUCACAUAUCUAGCAGAUGUUUCUCUACCUCAGGUUCUUUUUAGUUUGUAAACUCUGUUACAGUCGAGUGUCACAUUGAUUUUUACAGUGCAUGUAGUGAAUCAUGAGACGUGUGUAUAUGUAGUGAUUAUCAGUAUGUUCACCUGUAGUAAAAUAACAUUAACUAUAUGUCUCUGUGUUUCUGUGCAGAUUUUUCUUCCUAAGUGGUCAAACUUUUGUGUUCUGCUUUGUUUCCCUGCACCUGGUUCUGGAUCUGCAGCUAAGAUACCCUCUAACCCUUUAUGGACAUGUUUAAACAAUUAAAAACAUGAGUUUUGCAGCUCAGAUGCUCCAUAUUAACAAUACAUUUAUGCAAUUGCUGAGAAAUCACAGAACUGCUAACACAAGGUCCCACCUGAGCUGUGGGUCUCUGCAGCUCCUCCACUAACCAUGCUCCUCUUGGCUGCUUCUCUGUAAAAUGCAAACUUUCACUGAAAACUAACAAAGUUGGUAUAAAAUUAGCAACAAUAAUCACCAAAGAUCCAUUUAAAAUAGUUUUAAAAUCUAGUUUAGCGACAUUUUUAUGUCAUGAUUUGCUCUUCUGUUGAUUAAAAUACACAGUAUUAAAAUAA